UGUUGAACAAUCAAGUUUAUUUAAACGCGCAUUCGCAGCACGUCAGCUAAGAGCGUCUCGAAUUUGAAUUGUAAGCGGCAGCGCAAAGAAACCAAGAAAAAAGCAAAAGCACAAAAUAUUGUUUAUGCUUAUGAUUACAACGGUAGUUCACUGUGAGUGCGUGUGUGUGUUGUUGAUUUAACAAGGAAAUUGCCAGAAAAGUUUGUGCAUUAAAAAUAACAAAAAUACUGCCAAGCACAAGAAAAGUGUGAAAAUGAAUUUUUUUGUUAUAGGAUUUUUGAUUAUGCAGGCGGCAAGAUUGGCUUGCGGGACGUGCGUUUUUAUGUCCGAUUUUGGUUUCACACUCGAUUGUAACUUCAAAAAGUCUGGACUGUUUCGUGUACGAAAUUUGGGUGGCGUCAAAGCGCAUUUCGGUUUAGGCCUCAGCGUGGGUGACGAGCUGGGCUUUGCACAAUCUCUGAGCAAUCUGGAAAGCGAUCGCCGGCGUGCUAUAAGCUACAGGAAUGGACCGCCCGAGCUGGUGGGUGUGCUGCCCUCAUCGCAGCAAGAGGAGCCAAGUGCGCCAGUGCAGCCAGCGCAGCAGCAACAGCAGCAGGCGGUGCUCGACAAGCGCAUUAGCUCACGCUCCACUGGACCUGUGCCCUAUAAUCUGCAGCUGCUGCAGCAGGCGACAGCAGUCAAACUGCAAGCUCAGCAGCAGGCGCAGAUGAUGACAGAGGCGCGACCGUUGCCCUUGGGCGUGCCAGCUUUCAGGCCCAUACCACAAAGAGCAACAGCCGCUGUGCCCAGUGAGCAGAUGGCGCAGCGUCGCAUUGCUGUGGACAGCACACAGCCACGUGUGAGCAUUAACAACAAGCUGGUAGAUGGCCAUGCCCAGCCGCACUCCAAUCGCACUUUCCAUGCGGAUAAUCCAAUGGUAACGCAGCCAAAGUCGGCGGUUCCCGCUUUUCAGGCUAUGCCAGACUCUAUUGGGCGCAUUGCUAAUGUAGUCAAGACGCCAGUGUCUGUGCCGUCACGUGCGGAGCAGCGCACGCUGGCCAAGCAUCCAAACUAUUUGCAAUUCGAGGAGCCCAAGUUUGACCUGAAAGAUGUAACCAUUGAGGAGCUGGCUGCGGCUGCUAAUGUCAGCGUGCCGACCAUUAAGCAUGCCAUCUAUGUGCGUGAGCAGCAGCUCAAGGCAGAGCAUCGUGCCAUGUUGGCGUCCAAGCUGCGCGAGGAGUUUAUGCGCACAUCGACGGCAAAGACAACGACAACAACCAGCACGACAACAACAACAACAACCUCAACAGCAAGUCCGCUGACUGAGGCCAAGGUAUCCAAGGUUAUGAAUGCGCCCAAGGAGUAUUAUCCCGUGGGCUAUGACAAGGACUUUGAUGACAACUUCAAGUCGAAGGUGGAUCUGCCGCCUACAAGUUUCUCCUGCGCCAAGCAGAAACACUUUCCAGGUCUCUAUGCGGACACCGAUCUGGGCUGCAUGGUCUUCCAUGUCUGCGCGCUGACGGAUGACGGCAUGGUGCGCAAAUCUUUUCUCUGCCCGGAGAACACACUCUUUGAUCAAACCAUAUUGAAGUGCAACUGGUGGUUCUAUGUGGACUGCAGCACCAGCACCAGCGUCUACGACUCCAACAUACCAAUUUCGAAGAGCUAUCAGCUUAUGAAGUCGCUCACCUACUUCUCCAAGUACAACAACUCCAACAAGGAGCAGGCGGGCGAUAAGGAUGAGAACGCUGUGGAUGUGGAUUCGCUUCGCGAGUCCAUGGAGGGUGUGGCGCGUCGCCUGGAGCAAGCUAAGAAUGCCCAGACGCAGCUCGAGGAUGUGCAGCUCUCCAAUUAGUUCGUUAGUCUCCAUAUGCAUGCUAUCUGAGAUUUAGUUUUAGUUAAGUUCAAUGAUCGAGCGUUUCUGGUCGAUUUGCCAACGGUUGUCCUGUCCAUAGUCUCUGGCCGAUCAACAAACAAUAUACAUAUAUAUUUCCUACGAAAUGGGCGCCUUGUCCAUUGUUUAUGCUAUAGGCGUACGGCAUAGCCCUUAGUUUCUACCUACACCUAGUUUUAAGUUGGUUAACGUACAAGCUAAGCGACUAAGCUAUUACGGUUAGUGUUAUUUCAUAUUAAUAUUUAUUUAUUGUAUUUUCGCCACAAAUAAAACAUGUUAUCACCAACGCUGAUGCAGUGAGAACUCUAACUGAUUGUUUUUGCUUGGGAGAAAGCUUGUAAAAUGCUCAACAACUAGACUACAAUUUGUUAGCGUACAGAAUAUUGUUUUAAAUAAACACAUACGAGCUUACAAGAUGUUUAUAAAUGUCAAUUGGAAAGUAUUGCAUUUGCAGUGCAUGUUAUUCUUCACCCACUGGCUCAUUUGCCACUAAAGUUAAUAGCGACGAAGAAAUACCAGAGGAUGAUGACAGUGUUGAUGAAACAAUUUUGAACGAGAAUUUAACUAAUACAAGUGUAAGCAGCUCCACGAGACGCAGCAAAUCGUCUUC